ACGAAAAAAAUAAGUUUAUUUGGUUAUUUCACCGGAAAUGAGAAAAAUCAAGCUGACGCGUUAUCUCUCAUUAACGAUUGUGAUACUGAUGAAGAAAAACGUAAUUAUUUGAGGUCUCUAAUCUCUCCACCUGAUCAACUCGUUGCUGAAUAUUAUGGUGAGAAGCUCCGCCGCCAACAAGACCUCGAGAUUCGAAACAAACUAUCCAAGCGUCGUCGUCUCGUUCCAAGUACCAAGCCUAUCAGUAGCAGUUUCGCAGACAUUCCAGAUGAAGGUCAACUUUUGCAACUCAAUGCUAGUGUUCUACCAGAAUGGAGGGACCUCGAAUUACAUGAAUCUGUGUUAUUUCCGAAAUCUCAUAUAAUCUUCCGUAAAGAAAUGAGGGAUAUUGUGUGUCAACUGAAAAAUGGCCCCUGUAACUAUAACCUGGAAGUUCCAACCUCAUUCACCAAAGUUCUGCAAGGACCUGGUGGUUCAGGAAAGACUACUACACUUACUGUUGCAGGCUAUUUUGCAAAAAAAAGUGGAUGCAUUGUACUCCCAAUACAAGGAAAUUAUUUCACAGAUGGCACAAAAUGGUUAAAUCACAUAGUGCAAGGAUUUCUGAUCCAAUGGCUAGGUGCUGUAGGCAAGGAUGCCUUACAAAAGAUUCCUUGCCGAGUUACUGACUACGAAAACCUCUAUGAACUUGCAAUAAUUGGAGCCACUAAUUCAGUUGUGUCAAUUGAGGUUUUUGAAUGCUUUAUACAGGAAUUGCAGUCUGUGAAUGAUGUUCCUGUCAUCUUUUUGAUUGACCAAUGCAAUGCACUGUUAUUGCCUCAUCUAUGUCGAUUGAAAGAGGAAGAUGAGCCAAUUCAGAUAAGACCAGAACAUAAUCGCAUCUGCAACAUUUUCAAAAACUGGAAUACAUUCCAAGUUCAAUGUGGUGCUGCACUGUUUGCUUUCUCUUCAACCUUCCAUUCUAGUCAGACAGUAGAUGAUGGCAACCUUAUGCUUAUCA